AUGCUGCCAACGAGUCGCCGACCUCUCUACUGCGACAACCGUCGCGCGGCCAUCGAGGACCUCCACGAGACGCUGCACUCGGGCGCCGCUGCGGAUAAAGUCGCGGCGCUGCAGCGUCUUCGGAACGUCGCGGCCCACGAUGCGUCUUGCGUGCCGCUCUUGGUCCGUGCGAGUUUGCCGCAUUUGCUCAAGCUGCUGUGGCACCGGGACCGCGCCAAGCUGCAUGGCGGUAUCGCAUCGGCAGUGGAGGCCAUGUCGGGUGCGAGAGCCUUCGCCUCUGCUGUGGAGCCGCACCGCAGCACACUGGCGUCAAUUCUCGGUGCGCUGGUCCAGGUCGAUGACAGCGCCACCGUUGUCGACGCUGUUGACGUGAUCGCUAAUGUUAUCGAUGCGACCGAAUCAUUGGCGCUGCUACGCAAGCACGAGGAUGAGGUGCGCGUCGCUGCCUUGCGGACGCUCUGGCGGAUCACGUACUACGAUGUUGAAUCGCGCGAAGCCAUUGCCGCCGCUGCGCGCCAGAGCCUUCAGGAUAGCAAUCCCGAGGUUAGGGGCUAUGCCCAGCGCAUAUGGGAGCUGUGCGCGCCGCCACAAGAGAGCAGUAGCGUCCCAUCGACAGACCAACAGGGUCAACCUUGA